ACUGCGGCCGGCUGGAACCUCGGACUUGGUUGUUCCGCGCACCGGCACCGGCUGAGCGGGGAGAGUUGAGGAGGUGGCGGCGGGCCGAGGUGAUGUCUGGGAGCCCUCCCUUGACAGCCCGGGCCGAGAAGGUGAGCGUCGACGCUGGUCGUGGGGGCGGAGAGUCCCUGCAGGAGGCAUCACCCAGGCUGGCAGAUCAUGGUGGCAGCAGCGGGGGUGGCUGGGAAGUGAAACGGAGCCAGCGGCUGAGGAGGGGCCCCAGCAGCCCCCGCAGGCCCUAUCAGGACAUGGAGUAUGAAAGACGAGGUGGUCGUGGCGACAGGACCGGCCGUUAUGGAGCCACCGACCGCUCACAGGAUGAUGGUGGGGAGAACCGCAGCCGAGACCACGACUACCGGGACAUGGACUACCGUUCGUAUCCCCGCGAAUAUGGGAGCCAGGAGGGCAAGCACGACUACGACGACUCAUCUGAGGAGCAGAGUGCAGAGGAUUCCUACGAGGCCUCCCCGGGCUCCGAGACUCAGCGUAGGCGGCGGCGGCGGCACAGGCACAGCCCCACCGGCCCGCCAGGCUUCCCCCGAGACGGCGACUAUCGGGACCAGGACUAUCGGACCGAGCAAGGGGAGGAGGAGGAGGAGGAGGAGGAUGAGGAGGAGGAGGAGAAGGCCAGUAACAUCGUCAUGCUGAGGAUGCUGCCACAGGCAGCCACUGAGGAUGACAUCCGUGGCCAGCUGCAGUCCCACGGCGUCCAAGCACGGGAGGUCCGGCUGAUGCGGAACAAAUCCUCAGGUCAGAGCCGGGGCUUCGCCUUCGUCGAGUUUAGUCACUUGCAGGACGCUACACGAUGGAUGGAAGCCAAUCAGCAUUCCCUCAACAUCCUGGGCCAGAAGGUGUCCAUGCACUACAGCGACCCCAAGCCCAAGAUCAAUGAAGACUGGCUGUGCAAUAAGUGUGGUGUCCAGAACUUCAAACGCCGUGAGAAAUGCUUCAAGUGUGGCGUGCCCAAGUCAGAAGCAGAGCAGAAGCUGCCCCUCGGCACAAGGCUGGAUCAGCAGACACUGCCGCUGGGCGGCCGGGAGCUAAGCCAGGGUCUGCUUCCCCUGCCGCAGCCCUACCAGGCCCAGGGGGUGCUGGCCUCCCAAGCCCUGUCCCAGGGCUCAGAGCCAAGCUCGGAGAAUGCCAACGACACCAUCAUCUUGCGCAACCUGAACCCACACAGCACCAUGGACUCCAUCCUCGGGGCCCUGGCACCCUAUGCAGUGCUGUCCUCCUCCAAUGUGCGUGUCAUCAAAGACAAGCAGACCCAACUGAACCGUGGCUUCGCCUUCAUCCAGCUCUCCACCAUCGUGGAGGCAGCCCAGCUGUUGCAGAUUCUGCAGGCCCUGCACCCACCGCUCACCAUCGAUGGCAAGACCAUCAACGUUGAGUUUGCCAAGGGUUCUAAGAGGGACAUGGCCUCCAACGAAGGCAGCCGCAUCAAUGCUGCCUCUGUGGCCAGUACUGCCAUUGCUGCGGCCCAGUGGGCCAUCUCACAGGCCUCCCAGGGUGGGGAGGGUGCCUGGGCCACCCCUGAGGAGCCACCGGUCGACUACAGCUACUACCAACAGGAUGAGGGCUAUGGCGGCAGCCAGGGCACAGAGUCCUCCCUCUAUGCCCAUGGCUACCUCAAGGGCACCAAGGGCCCUGGCAUCACUGGAACCAAAGGGGACCCGGCUGGAGCAGGUGAGCCCCAGCAUCUCUCCUGUACCUGGGGCGGGGUGACCAGCAAGCAUAGGGUCCCAGGCCCCGCCAUUCACAGGCGUUCUUCUCCCUCCCUGUCCCUCUUUACAGGUCCUGAGGCCUCCUUAGAGCCCGGGGCAGACUCAGUGUCUCUGCAGGCUUUCCCCCGCGCCCAGCCUGGUGCUGCCCCUGGCAUCUAUCAACAAUCAGCUGAGGCAAGCAGCAGCCAGGGUGCCACUGCCAACAGCCAGUCAUAUACCAUCAUGUCACCUGCCGUGCUCAAAUCUGAGCUCCAGAGCCCCACCCAUCCCAGCUCUGCCCUACCACCGGCCACCAGCCCCACUGGGCAGGAAUCCUACAGCCAGUACCCUGUUCCUGACGUCUCCACCUACCAGUACGAUGAGACAUCCGGCUACUACUAUGACCCCCAGACUGGCCUUUACUAUGACCCCAAUUCCCAGUAUUACUACAACGCUCAGAGCCAGCAGUACCUGUACUGGGAUGGGGAGAGGCGCACCUACGUUCCUGCCCUGGAGCAGUCAGCUGAUGGGCAUAAGGAGGCCGGGCCACCCUCAAAGGAGGGCAAGGAGAAGAAGGAGAAGCACAAGACCAAGACAGCCCAACAGAUUGCCAAGGACAUGGAACGCUGGGCUCGCAGUCUCAACAAACAAAAAGAAAACUUCAAAAACAGUUUCCAGCCUAUCAGCUCCCUGCGUGAUGACGAAAGGCGGGAGUCAGCCACCGCAGAUGCUGGCUAUGCCAUCCUUGAGAAGAAGGGAGCACUAGCUGAGAGACAGCACACCAGCAUGGAUCUCCCAAAAUUGGCCAGUGACGACCGCCCAAGCCCACCCAGGGGAUUGGUGGCAGCCUACAGCGGGGAGAGUGACAGUGAGGAGGAGCAGGAGCGUGGGGGCCCCGAGCGGGAGGAAAAGCUCACCGACUGGCAGAAGCUGGCCUGUCUGCUCUGCCGGCGUCAGUUCCCCAGCAAGGAAGCACUUAUCCGGCACCAGCAGCUCUCAGGGCUCCACAAGCAAAACCUUGAGAUUCACCGGCGAGCGCACUUAUCAGAAAACGAGCUAGAAGCACUUGAAAAGAAUGACAUGGAGCAAAUGAAGUACCGGGACCGAGCAGCUGAACGCAGAGAGAAGUAUGGCAUCCCCGAGCCCCCAGAGCCCAAGAGGAGGAAGUACGGCGGCAUAUCUACGGCCUCCGUAGACUUUGAGCAGCCCACCCGGGAUGGGCUGGGCAGUGACAACAUUGGCAGUCGCAUGCUCCAGGCCAUGGGCUGGAAAGAGGGCAGUGGCCUGGGCCGCAAGAAGCAGGGCAUUGUAACGCCCAUUGAGGCCCAAACACGGGUGCGGGGCUCCGGCCUGGGGGCCCGGGGCAGCUCCUAUGGGGUCACCUCAACCGAGUCCUACAAAGAGACACUGCACAAGACAAUGGUGACCCGCUUCAACGAGGCCCAGUGAGCAACUGCAAGAACAACUUCUGUAUACGUUGGGUGUUCAUCCUGAGGCAGGGGAGGAUAAAAUGCUGGGUGGUCUGAGGGAGGCCCUGCUCCUGUUAGCCAGCCCACUACCCAGCCAGAGAGGCCCUGAUCAAAUCAAAUUUUGAGUUGAUGACUUUUGUUGGAAAAUUGGGCUGGGAUCGUGUUUUUUUUGUAAUAAAAGCUGAAAAGUCUGCA